CAAUGAUCGUUCUUCCUGGUCGCGAUCAGCCUCAAGACACUGUUCGUCGGCGUGUCCAUCCUGAUGAUCAACAUUGGGCUGGCGAUGGCGAAGGUGAUCGCGUUCUUCAAAUCCAAACACACGUACGACCAGCACGGUGGAUACGGUGCCGGCUGGUCCGGCAAGAACAUUCACGUGCACAUCCACAACGACGGUGGCCUCAUUCAGCACGGCAGUGUUCCGCUGGAGUACGAGCAUGCACCACCAUCGGCACUGCAUCACACUGCGCCGAGCGUUUUCCCGAGCUAUGGACCACCGACGGUUCUCAACAGCUACCACCGGUCGCGCGGUGACACUGUGGCGGAUCCAAUCUACGUCCAAGCGACGACGUCUACGGGGGACAAGAACGAGCAGCUCUACCCGAAGGUUCUCAUCUCCGAUCGGGACAAGCUGGACCAGAUCUAUGCACAGUGGCGUCAGCUGAAUCGAAAUGGACGAUAGGGAAAGGGGGUAAGCCGAGAAGGAGGCAACACUUACUCCUUCCAACCACACAAAUCUGCCACUCAUGGAUCUAGCGAUGCCAAAAAAUCCUACACCAACCCUGGGGCCGUCGACCUUACUGGCCCAUUUAUUCCACGUUACGAAGAGGGUGCAAAAGUAGGGCUAUUUUCUGUGUUUUAUUGAAACCAGCCCAGCGAAACUCGGCCCUACGCAUUUGCCUUCCUUCCAAACGCUCUGUACUAUAGUAUUUAAUUCCAUUGUUUUUUUUAAGUGCGGGAGAGCUGGUCUCAAUUAGCUCGAGGUAGUGCUUACUUAGGA